AUGCAUCGCAAACUUGUAUUCUUAUUCGCUUUUCUCAUGAUCAGCUAUCAUUUCGUUGGUGCUGAACCAGGAAGUGGAAAGAAGCCACCACCGCCACCAACUGAUCCAACUGAUGACAACGAUUACUUGACUACUAAAAAUAAGGCGCCACCAAAGAAGGAGACUGAUCCAUAUGAUACGUUUACAACACCAGAUUGGGAUUGA